AAUGGGUAGUGACCGCCCCGACGCUGUCAUGUUUGAAUGAGCUGCAGCACAGCGGCGGAGAGGCGGUUGUUAAAGAGCCCCUCAAGUGUUAACACGGGUCUGCUUUGCUGCUAAAUUAAAAUUCAAGCUUGCGCGACCAAGAUGGACAUGAAGAAAAGGAUUCAUCUAGAGCUCCGGAAUCGAACACCGGCAGACGUUAAAGAACUUGUUUUGGACAACUGUCGUUCAAAUGAAGGUAAAAUCGAGGGCCUUACAGAUGAGUUUGAGGGACUGGAGUUCUUAAGCACAAUCAACGUAGGCCUGACAUCAGUGGGAAACUUGCCGAAGUUAAACAAACUUAAAAAGCUUGAGCUCAGUGACAACAGAAUCUCAGGAGGACUGGAAGUAUUGGCAGAAAAAUGCCCAAAUCUCACACAUCUCAACCUCAGCGGCAAUAAAAUAAAAGAUCUCAGCACAAUAGAACCUCUGAAAAAGUUAGAAAACCUUAAGAGUUUAGACCUUUUCAACUGCGAGGUGACCAACUUAAACGACUACAGAGAAAAUGUUUUCAAGCUCCUUCCUCAGCUCACAUACCUGGAUGGCUAUGACAAGGAGGAUGAAGAAGCACCAGACUCAGAUACAGAAGCAUGGAAGGAUGAGGAUGAUGAUGACGAUGAGGUAGAGGAGGAGGAGGAGGAAGAGGAGGAAUAUGACGAAGAGGCAGUUGCGGGAGAAGAUGAGGAGGAAGAGGAUGAAGAGGAAGGGGAGGAGGAAGAGGAAAUCAGUGAGGAAGAAGAGGAAGAGGAGGAAGAACUCGUAGAUGGUGAAGUAGACGAUGAAGACGAAGAUGAAGAAGAAAAAGGUGAGAAGAGAAAAAGAGACCCAGAUGACGAAGGUGAAGAAGAUGAUUGAAUCAGUGCCCAGAUAGCAGUUCCUACUGUGAUUCGACUCUUUUUACCUUGUAUCGUUCCCCCAUAUCUAUCUUGGUUGUAAUGUUGCUCUGGGGAUGUGAGGUGUUUAUUGGGUGGGUGAGAGGGAAAUAGGGAAAAAAAGAAAGAAAUACUGCCACUACCUUCGUGUGUUAAUUUUUCCCAAAUCCAGAUAUUGCAUAAAAUCUGCUGAAGACCGUAGCAGUAAUAUUUUCUUGGAAGUUGGAGUGGUCAGUGCAGCCGUUGUAAAGUUUUUCCUUGCUGUAAUUUUAUGCCUAAAUACAUAUACAGAUUGCUGAUGACUUGUGUAAAUAACCAUACCAAAAAAACCCUAAGUGCACGUCUCAGUAUUUUAAUGUAAAAUGCCGGUUUUCAAAAUACCCAACACACAAGUUUUUUUUUUUUUUUUAAACAGUACAUAUUGUGUUCAUCAUCAUCAUCAGUAAAUUGUAUGUACAGUUUAGGCAUGGAAAGGAAUCUCAUUCUCCAAAUCUCCAUAGGAAAGUGCACAGAAAUCAAAUUGUUUUUUGUAUAUUGUGAAAGUAAUGUCUGCCAUUAUCAGAAAGCAGCAGAUGCAUUUUCCCUGCUUGGGUAGUUUAGAUACUUGUGUUUUUUGUAAAUAGUGACCAAAACAUUUUUUUAGCAAUUCUAGGCUCAAAUUGUAAUUUUUUUGAAAAUGGCAGGCAUCACUUUAUUUGCAAGUGUAAUAAUGAAAUGUAAUAAAAUAUUAAGUUAAACUGUUUUGAAAAUACCUGUGUACUAUUUUGGCCUGUAAAAUACGAUUUGAAGUAGACAGAAUCUGUGUAUUUACAACUUGUUUGUGUUGUAUUUUGUUUUACAUAUAUAAAUGGAGAGUAUAGAGGCAGAUUUGAGCAUGACCUGGUGUUUGGGCUUGUUUUCAUGCAUUCAGUGGCAUAUUACUAAUGCAGAAUUGUAUUUUCUUAGCUAGUAGUCAGCGACUGACAGACAAAUGCCUCAUGAAUGUAUAGUUUUACUUUCAUAUUCUAUAUGAAUAGUUUGAGUGACUUGUAUUACCUGUAAAAAGACAAGACUGCAACAAUUCUCUGAAGAGCCAAA